ACAUUUGGUUACGUCGCAAGACCACACAUACGCGCAUUCUCUCACCAAUUCUGAUUCUCGCUAGCGAAGCAUUACGAAGCACGGCGAGAUAUCGUGAGGCCAUUUCGUAACGCCCCACGUGGUAGUAUUUCGCGCACUUGCGUAUAUAAUAUAAUUAUUGUAAUUACGCGAAAUCGUCAUACGAAAAUGAACGCGUUGUGGAAUUUGCACGAUUUGAAGCGGCCACCGUGUUCAACGUGGCAGAUCAAGCCGCUCGAAGCGACAAAGAAGGGCUUGGAAGUGUCUCGAUUCAAGAUUGCACUGGGCACGGCGAUCAAUGAUAUGGAAUCAGAAUGGUUUCGUGGAUUUAUGUUGCUAGAGUUUGCGAUCCUAAACAGAUUAAUGUAUCGAAUGGCGACCAAAUUCCGGCACGAUCAAGGGUUAAAUCACAUGUGGAUGAUGAGGAGUGCUUUGCGCAAAAUUCGCGGAAUGGCCCUAGAAAAGGAGUACACAAAUUUGCGGUCUGACCUUCGAAUGAGAGACGGAAUGCACAUUUUACCGAGCAGACAAAGGCUGGAGUACAUGCUCUUGAGAUUGCAAGGCUUCGGCAAGCUCAUGCUUAGAAUUAGAGAUGUCUCAAGGACCACUGCUUACUUCUGGCUAUCCAGAAUCAAAUCGGGACAAGCCUGGACUGUUGCUACAAUAGCCAAUUCCCUUGCAAGCAGAAUCUGGUUACUCGCAAAGUACACGAUUAUAAGAUGUUGCGUAUGGUACAACGAAUUGUACCAAUGCGCGAAACAGUUUCAAUAUGUCGGUACGCAAAUCUGGCUUUCAAAAAAUCUGACGCUACCAGAGGACUUAAAAUCGUGGCUCAACUUUAACUUGCAGGAUAGAGAAAUGAUGUGCAAUCCUGAUCCACAAAUCUGGCUUCUUGAAACCGAAGUCGAUAACAAAAGCACAACUUGUAAUAAAUCUGAUGAAAAGACUGAUAACUCAAGACUGACACAAGGUGCCUCAUCCAAUAAUGAAUUGAACUUAUUUGAUUUAAAAUUUCAAGAUACGUCUAUAUCAAAUAAUGAUAUUGGAGAAAUAGUAGAUCGAGAGGACUUUGAAAAAAAGUUUUCCAAAGCAAUAAAACUUGAAAGAAAGAAAGGAACAAUGAAGCGUAAACAUGCCGACACUACCGACGCGAGCAAACGGAGAGAUUCAAAGAAAAAGAAGAAAAAUGUAUAUAAUAAAAAAUGAUAUCGAAAACAAAAUUUUAAGCAAACAAUAACAGUAUUAAUCAAGCAAUAUUAAAUAUAUACACAAAUUAUAAUAGUGCAAUUUAAUUAUAUGCAAGUAAAAAAACUUAAAUAAUUGUGUUUAGUUUUAAUACUUGCAUAAAACUAGUUAUGCAUGAUAUAUAUAUCAAAUUGUAAUAUAGAUUUAAACUGUGAUAUACAAUAGAAACUGUAAAAAACUGUGAUAUACAACGAAAACAACAAAACAAAUGUAAAAACUCAUUUUAUAUUUUUUCAAUAAUAUUGGUCAUUUCAUAUAUGCGUA